AUGGCCCGAGAAAUCGAUUUUGGAUUUUCAAUCGAUGAAACGGGCCAUGUUCAGUCGUGUACCUUAAAAAUGUUAUGCAGCUUGUCAUCUUUGAAAGGUACUCCAGCGUCUAAUUACUCAAACCAAUCUUGUCGCCCACAAUACGCAUCAACGUGA